AUGUGCAGAACUGGUGCCUUUGAAAUCAGAAGGGACAUCAAAUCCCCUGAAACUGGAGCUUGGCGCAAGCGCUGGUUUGUCCUCAGGCGGGGCCGCAUGAGUGGCAAUCCUGAUGUCUUAGAAUACUACCGCAACAAGCACUCCAGCAAGCCCAUCCGUGUGAUAGACCUCAGCGAAUGCACUGUGCGAAAGCAUGCAGGCCCUGGUUUCAUUAGAAAGGAAUUUCAGAAAAAUUUUGUGUUUAUUGUCAAGACCACUUCCCGUACAUUCUACCUAGUAGCCAAGACUGAAGAAGAAAUGCAGGUGUGGGUACAUAGCAUCAGUCAAGUUUGCAAUUUCAGUCAUCUGGAAAAUAGUGCAGAUUCCAUGGAGAGUCUCUCUCACAUGCCCUCCUCCCUCCAGCCAACCCCUGCCAGUUCACUUCAUACUGUCCAUGUUGCCAACUCUGCCUUGCCAAAAGAUGACCGAAACACUAAUACUGUAGUCACCGAGCAAACCAGAAGUGAGUCAGAGUUUCUCUUCCUUCCUGAUUAUCUGAUCCUGUCCAACUGUGAGACUGGAAAACUACACCAUGCCAGUCUUCCCACUAGAUGUGAUAGCUUGUCAAAUUCAAACCGCUCAUUGGCACAGACUUCAUUUGAUGAUGUUUUUCUUGAUGGUCUACAGCCAUUUACCUCUAAUAAUUUGGUCCAUCCCUUGCACCAUGGGAAAGCAUCUCAGGAUUUUCCUUCUGUAAGGCCACAGGCUUCUUUAAUCUGGAAUAGAGAAAUCAAUGGCCCAUCCAGGAACUUCAUGUCUUCUUCAACAUUGCUGGAAUCUUCCUUAAACCCCACAGCUCAUGUAGAAGGAAAGCAAGUUUCCUUACCCAGUGGGGUAAAAGAACUAAACAUUAUGUCUAACAUUCCACCUCCUCGUCCCCCUAAGCCAAGUUAUCUCUCUGAAUGGCACCAAGAUCAGCCCCUGAUGACUGGACAUAGCAGUAACAAGAAGCCAGGGUAUACUAUGGUGCCAAGAAGAAUCUCUCUCUCUGGGUUAGACCAUGUGGGAUCCUGGAAAGGUCAUAUACAAAGCCAGUCCUUAAGACACCGAGAUAAGCGGCUCAGUUUAAAUCUGCCAUGUAAGUUUUCAUCAAUGUAUCCCACAGCUUCACCCAGUGCUGAAGACAGCUAUGUGCCCAUGAGCCCCAAAGGUACUGCUUCUGAACUUAGACCCCAUUACAGUCAGGAUGACUACAUCCCAAUGAGCUCAAGCAUGCUGCCUGAGUUACCUGCAGACUUGGAGCCACCCCCAGUGAACAGAAAUCUCAAGCCCCAGAGAAAAUCACGGCCACCUCCCUUGGACCUGAGAAACUUUUCCACCAUCCGAGAACACACAUCUCUAACCAGGACUCACACUGUGCCUUGCAAUCGAACCAGUUUUCUCUCUCCACAAAGAAAUGGUAUUAAUUGUGCAAGAUUUUUUGCCACUCCUUCUGAAGAAGAAGAAGAAGAAGAAGAAGAAGAAGAAGAAGAAGAAGAAGAAGAAGAAAGAUAUCUACAGAACGAGGAAUACAGAACAGUCAAUUCCCUGAGCAGUAGUGCUAUUACUUGGACAAAGAAAUUCAGCUUGGAUUAUUUGGCCCUGGACUUCAAUUCAACAUCAUCAGCCCCUGUGCAGCAGAAACUUCUCCUUUCAGAAGAGCAGAGAGUAGACUAUGUUCAAGUGGAUGAACAGAAGACACAAGCUCUCCAGAGCACCAAGCAGGAAUGGACUGAUGAAAGGCAAUCCAAAGUGUGAGAGGUGUGGGCUUGGGCAAAGUGUGCAACAGGGAAGCUUGGGAAUAUAUUUGCAAUUUUUUCAUUAAAAAUACACCAGUGGUCAGUAUAGGGCAAAACCAACAGUAAAUGUGUGGUUUUGGGGGGGGGGUUCUUGGCAAAACCCUUUUGAAAACACCUUAUAUGUUGAGUUCAUGGAAUCUAACCCCCAAUAUGGCAGGGUAUAUGGUAGAGGUUCAUUUAUUUUUUUUUUCAGCAUCAGGGAUGCUUGCCAUUGAUUCCACAGUCAGAGCGAAAAAGAAAGAGAAUGCUAGAGUCACAGAUGGAAAUAGUUUUUAAAAUGUCAUUUAUUCAGGCAAUGUGGGAACAACAGCAAAGAUUACAAAAAAUGUUUUUCCAAAUACUCUGUUAAAGUUUUGUCACAUAAAGUAUUUGGAGCAAAAUUUGCAAUCAGUAAUAAAUACCAACAGGUUGACAUCAUUUGCCUUUGGUAUCUGAAAUUAUGUCCUAUCCACUACACCUUGCUCAUAGUAAUAAAUUAUCCUAGCAAAGAGGAUAUGGAGAUGGUAUUGUCACAAUCCCUGAAGACUUAGUGGAGGAAAUCAAGUCUAGCAAUGGUGGUAGAUGCUUCUAUAUCUUUACACCAAAGAUUUCAUUAGGCCAAUAAUUUCUGUUCCCAAUGCAAUAUAAUUUCAGUAAUGGGUAAUGGAUCUGUCUAGAUAUUAAGGAAUGGCAAAAGUUGAAGUGUAACUCUCAGUAAAGGUUCCAUGAUGAGCAUAUUAGAUAUUAGUAGCAAUGAAGACAUGGCUUCAGUUUGCUAUUCUGUUCCGGUUGCCCUUCGUCCAGGAUGCUCUUGUAUAUAUCAUCUCAUAUCUUCCAAAAGACUUCAGAAACAAGACAUGCAGAGAAUAUUGCUCUCACUUUGAAGAAAAGAAAACUGAGAAGCAGAAGAGUAAACUUAUUGCCCAAGAUCACUCACAGAAUUGAGACACAAUAUCAGGCUUAGAGUUGUCCAGACUUUCAGUUGCAGGCUUAUUCUUCUGUUUUAUAUUAUCUCUCUGAAAAGCCAGAUGAAACAAUUGAAUUAGUCUUGGUGACCUGUAGGAAAUACCUUCAGACAUAAGAUAAGCCAUAACCUCACCUUUUCAUGGUGAUGUGCAUAAAUGCUUUUGAUAUUUAAAAGGGAAA